AUGGCCCUCGCCUUCCUGCCAAGAUCUCGCUUAUCAGAGUCGAAGAAGCGUGGCAGGUCAGCAGCAGAUGUCGACGGGGAACACUCGUGUCUGCACAAGAAGAAACGAAGACUUAGACUGUUCCUCAUAACCUCUCGGCUAUCGCCCCAAUUCUCCCAUCCAGCUACCAACAUUGUCGACAGAGGAAGCUCAAAGAUCGCCAUCUGGGCAAAGCAGAAGAACCUUGGACGCAACCUGCUUCGCAAGGCGGCCAUACUGAAUCGCAUUCGACGCAAUGCUGUUGCAGCGCGUGAAGAAGUUUCGCGCAGACGGCUACUUGUAGAGCAAGAGAAGGAGCAGCGACAGCUUGAGAUGGCACGUUUGACCUUCAACUACGGAGCGAUUGACACAUACACUCGUCCUGUCCAUUUGCGGCCAAACGCCCUACCCGCCGCUGCGCUUCAAAGCAAUGCCCAAUACCUUAUCACUGGCUCUCCCACUGGCUCUCCAUCUGGCUCGUCAGUUACCUCGAGGAGCCCAUCACCCUCAUCUAUCUCUCCACCGACAUGUGGUCCAGGCAACGACAGCCCAUCGGAGCACUGGAGUCCAAACGCCGCCUAUGCUCUCUCCCCGCCCCGCGCCCAAUCCUCUAUCCGCAGCUACGAACCCCACCUCCCUUCACCCCUCGGACUCUCUAACUACGACGCCUUCGAUGCCGAGAACCUGGGUUAUAAAGACAUAUCCGCUGCUGAUAUGCACUCGCAUUUCGACGACGAUGACGAAGAAGACCGGUACUAUUACCUCUGGGACGAAGUCGAGGACGAGCUUGAGGACGAGAGACAUGAUAGCCCCUUCUCGGUGUCAGUGGUUACGAACAAUUCAAGAACGACUGCAAAUACGGGAACGAGUAAUACCUUAAAGACACCGCCGCAGGCGGCUCAUGAUGAUUUCGAUCUAUCAGACACUUUCCUUGGUAGACCUGAGGAAGACGAGGAUGUAAAUUCGGUGUGGCCGAGUCCAUUCAUCAGCGCUGAAGUGAGAAAGUCGAAGAAGGGCGCCGAGGGUACGAUUCUAAAUUUUCGUGCCUUUAAUACGGGACCCCUGGCUGUUCAGUAUCCUGGUGCGCCUGUACCCUGUACCGAGCAAGUGCUGGCAGUGACCCCCCCUGUUCUGUCGCCAAAUCUAGUGCCGGCUUCUAUGUCACCUAAUUUUCUCCCUGCCGACUCGGCGGGCUGGCCAGAGGUUGACAUGAGGGAAGGGAAGAGGCAAGGCAGUCUUUGUCAAAGAGACGAGCAUGUACGAUAA